UCUUAAUCAAGAAUUGGCCGGAGUUCUAUCCGAACAACCAACUGACAAAGAAGUCAAAUCAACAAUUGUCAACUGUCCCGUAUGCGGUGAGUGUAAAGGUGUUUCAAAAUUUGCAAAUCAUCUUGCGCGAUGUUUCACCGAAAGUAGUCAAGGUGAAUCGUCACAAAAACCAAUUUCGGGUGUACGACUUCGCCGUUCGUCGUCAAGAUCUACCACCACUUCUCAAUCAAUUUAUGUAACGGGAAAACCGAAUGAGAAAAAAGGAUGGAAAUAA